AUUCUCCGGAAGGUUCAGGGAAGCCUCGAGAAAACACCCGCACAGCUGCGCGCGCCUAUAAAACACCCGAGAGUCUCUCACCCGAAACAUACAGACGGACAAAACUUCAUUUACGAGCUCAGAUCUGUUUACAGUCAACAAAAAAUAAUGGCAGAAACGAACAGUGUUUCAGACAAACAACCUCUUACAUUCCGAUCUCUAAAGGAGAUGUUUGAAAAAAUGGAGGAGUCGUAUAAGAUUUGUGCACAUUGUGAAAAUCUACCAUCACAGAUCACGGGCACACUGAAGCGAUGCGCUCGCUGUCUUAAUGUGUAUUAUUGCAGUAAAGAGUGUCAGAAGAAAGACUGGACUCAACAUAAACUGUACUGUAGCAAACUGCGUAUGGCUGCAGUAGACAGACACGUUGAGUGGCUCAUUUAUAAAGGAGACCUUCCUUUCUCUACGGAGGUGUGGUCUCGCCCCGCUAAAGACAUAAGAUGUUGGGAUGAUUGGCUCUCUAUGCAAGGAGAUUUGAAAUCGCGUCUGGAGCCCAUCCUGUCUGGUAAAAACAUGACAGACCUCUGGACCAAUGCCUGCCGACCACGACCGGAGGAGGCGGAGCUUCACGAAUCUGUGUGGCGGGUGUGCAGCGAGUUUCUCUCUCGACCGCUUACGAUCGGUAUAGGACUGAAGAUGUUUCACUUGGAUCCGUACUCUGGUCCUCUGACGGUUCACGUGGUGGGAGCCGAUGAGAGCGAGACCCUGGGAGCCAGAACCACAGAUAUGGAUGAGCUCAGCCGUAUGUUCCCGGGGCAUAAGGGACUGGAGGUGGUGAUGGUGGGGCCAGAGCUGGUGCAGGGGCCCAUCAUGAGACCCCCACUGAGAGCUUUCGGACCCCGGGGGAGAGUUUACAUCAGUACAUACAAAGGCCUUUAUCACCAGUUUUGGGAGGAGGUUGUUGAGAAAGGUGAAGCUGCUAGACCAGAUCUAGUGGUUGGAUUUCACCCAGGGUUUCAGGGGCAAAAAGUGAGUGAGGAUUGGUUGCCGACACUUCUGCUGCUACGAGAUUACAACAUCCCAACAUUGUUCACCAUGAUCGAUGAUGCGGAGCGACAGUCUUAUCUGCCAAUUUUUUUGGAGUUGGAGAUGCAUGUUAAGGACACGGGUUCGAACCCCUUCACCUCUUUAAAACCUGAUCAACAGCCCAAAAGUCCAAACAAACCGCUCAGUUAUGCCAACGCUUACUACAUCUCCUUCCACGGCGUGCUGGAGAUACAAGAUGAAGAGGAACAGAAGUGAUCCGAUAGGAACCCCGAUGUUUUACACAAACAUUAUCUCCAAGCAAAUAUGGGAAGAGUGCAUUUUUUAUUUAAAUAUAUUUUUGAUUUUCUUCAUCUGCCUUUUUGUAGACUAAUAUUUACUGGAUGACUUUGCCAGACACAUUUAUUCAAAAUGACUUACAAUGCAUUAAAGGUACACAUUAUAUCAGUAUGCGUGUUCCCUCGGGAUAACUAUA